AUGAAACAAUAUACCUUGAACUAUGAGGACUUUGAGGGCCUCUUUGAUGACUAUAAUGACAAUUUAAGUACUGGCAUGCCUUAUAUCAACCCAGAUGCUAUACCAUGUAAGCCAGAAACUCUGGGUAUCAACAGCUAUGCUUUGGUGGUCAUCUACAUCCUGGUCUUCCUGCUGAGCUUGCUGGGCAAUGCCCUGGUGGUCCUGGUUGUCCUCUCCAGUCUGAUCAGUCGCUCAGUCACCGACAUCUACCUGCUCAACCUGGCCAUCGCAGAUCUGCUCUUCGCCCUGACCUUGCCCAUCUGGGCUGCCUCCAAGGUCAAGGGCUGGGUCUUUGGCAUUCCCCUGUGCAAGAUAGUGUCCUUCCUGAAGGAGGUCAACUUCUACAGUGGCAUUCUCCUGCUGGCCUGCAUCAGCGUGGAUCGCUACCUGGCCAUUGUGCAUGCUACCCGCACACUCACCCAGAAAAGACACUGGGUCAAGUUCAUCUGCCUGGGCAUCUGGACUUUGUCCCUGAUCCUGUCCCUGCCCAUGCUCCUCUUCCGUACUACUGUUGAAUACAAUUCUAACGUCUUCUGCUACGAGGCCAUGGGAACCAACACGACCAAAUGGCGCCUGGUGAUGCGAAUCCUGCCUCAGACCUUCGGCUUCCUGCUGCCCCUGUUGGUCAUGCUCAUCUGCUAUGGGCUCUCCCUGCGCACACUCUUCAAGGCCCACAUGAGCCAGAAGCACCGUGCCAUGAGGGUCAUCUUUGCUGUGGUGCUGAUCUUCCUGCUCUGCUGGCUACCCUACAACCUGGUGCUGGUUGCGGACACUCUGAUGCGCACUAGGCUCAUCAAAGAUAGCUGCAAUCUCAACAAUGACAUUGUCCGGGCUCUAAAUGUCACCGAGAUUCUGGGUUUCCUGCACAGCUGCCUCAACCCCUUCACCUACUGCUUCAUUGGCCAGAGGUUUCGGCACAGCCUCUUGAGGUUCAUAGCACACCAUGGCCUGGUCAGCAAGGACUAUUUGGCUAAGAAGGACCAGUCUCGGGCUGGGCGGUGGCGCUGGAGGUCCUGCCUGACGGCUGUUUCAAGCUGA